CGUGCUCACCGAGCUCGAGCGGAUUAAUGACGAUGCCGAGAGGUUCGGAGUCAGAUUCGUUAAGAAUGGAGAACGAGCAGUUGCCAAGAAACUUCUGGGCAUCACACAAUUCCCUGCCCUGGCCUACUAUAGGAACAAGGAGCCCCAACUUUUCCAAGGGAAUCUCAUGGAAGAGGAGGCUGUACUCGAAUGGCUGACGAACCUCGAAGCGAUGGAGCUCGCUGAUAAAAUAGAAGAGGUCAACGGUAAAAUCCUCGAGACGCUCAUCAAGGAGAAGGACUAUUUGGCCGUACUAUUUUACAAGGAGAAACACAAAGAGUCCGAAUUGGUCCUGGUCGAGCUCGAGAACAUCGACGAUGAAGCGGAUCAGCUGGGUAUCGGAUUCGUAAAAACAUCCGAGAGGGAACUCUUCGACAAAUACGGUCUCGACACCAUUCCUGCUCUUGCGUACUACCGAAAGACGAUCCCCCUACUCUACGAGGGAGAUCUCCGGAACGAAGAAGAAGUGCUCAAGUGGCUCGAAGAAUUCAAGAAUGUUGACGAUGAAGACGAUGACGUCAUCGAGGACGUUUCCGCGGACAACUUGGAGAGCAUGAUUGACAAGACCGACAUCCUGGCCGUGUUCGUCUACGACGCGAACGACAAGGAUCAGAAGCAGAUCCUAGAGGAGCUCGAAACGAUUGAUGAUGAUCUCGAUCAGCACGGCAUUCCGUUCGUCAAAACGGACGAUGUAGAAUUCAUAAAGAAGUUCGGCCUCGAGAGCACGCCGCAAUUGAUUUACUUCGAAAACGGAGUACCUCAAUUCUACAAAGAUGACAUGACAAACGAGGAACGCAUCAUGAAUUGGCUGGUUGAACAGAAGAUGGAGGACGAAAUCGAAGAAGUGACCGAGGAUGUUCUCGAGGACCUCAUCGAAAAUUCCGACUUCCUGGCGGUGCUGAUCUAUGAUAAAGGAGACGAGAAAAGUGAAGACGUCCUCGCAGAGCUGGAGAACAUCGAUGAUGAGUGCGAUCAACACGAUAUACCUUUUGUGAAGAUCGAUGACCCGGAUGUCGUAAAACAGUUCGGAGUGGAUGUCGUACCCGCGUUGCUCUACUUCGAGGGCGGCAUCCCCAACUACUACCCAGGAAAUCUCCUCAAGGAGCAAGAAGUUCUCGAUUGGCUCAUCCGUCAGAAAGAGUCAGAUGAAAUCGAAGACGUGACUCCGGAAAUCCUCGAGGCCCUCAUCCAGAGAUCGGAUUAUCUGGCUGUUCUCUUCUAUGACCGCGAUGACGAAAAAUCGCAGCGGGUUCUCAAAGAGUUGGAGAAUAUCGAUGAUGAAGCCGACGAACACGAUCUGCCUUUCAUCAAGAUCGACGACGAUCAGGUUGCCAGAGACUACGGCAUCGAUGACGAGUUGCCGUGCUUGGUUUAUUUUGAGAACGAAAUCCCUUCCAUUUAUCACGGCGACCUCUCUAACGAGGAGCAGGUGCUCGACUGGCUUAUCGAGCAAAUCAACUCUGACUCCAUUGAGGAAGUUACCGACAAGAUCCUUGAGAACUUGGUCGAGAAAAAUCAGCACGUCGCUGUAAUUUUCUACGAGAUGAAAAACAAGAAAAUCGACAAGAAAACCGAAAGAGUGAUCAAAGAACUCGAAGAGAUCGACGACGAAGCCGACGAGCACUUCGUGCUCUUCCUCAAGACGCACGAUCCGAACGCUUCGAAGAAAUACGGAAUCGAGGUUUUCCCAACCCUGGUAUUUUUCGAUAGAACGAUACCGAACAUCUACCACGGCGACCUUCUGAAAGAAGAAGAAGUGCUCGCAUGGUUCGUGCGUCAGAAGACCAGUGAGGAAAUCGAGGAAAUCACGGAAGAAAUGCUCAAAGAGCUUGUGGAGGAAAAUCAAAAGAUCGUCGUUCUCUUCUACGACAAGGAGGUCGACUCCUCAAAGGACGUGCUCGACGAUCUGGAGAACAUCGAUGACGAUCUCGACAAGCUCGGCAUACCUUUUGUGAAAAUCGAUGACGAUUCAAUCGCCAAAGACUUCGGAAUCCUCGAUGAACUCCCAGCUCUCGUUUAUUUCGAAGACGAGAUCCCGAGCGUCUACGAGGGCGAUCUCCAUAACGAGGAGAAGGCUCUGAAGUGGAUCGUGAAACAAGCUCAGGAGGAUACUAUCGAAGAGGUGACGGAAGAAAUGCUCGAUUACCUCGUCAAGGAUAAGGAGUACGUUCUGGUCUUCUACGCCCCUGACAACUGCAAGGAAUGUCCGUCGAUUCUCUCUGAGCUCGAGAAGAUCGAUGACGAAUCAGACGACCACGGUGUGGUUUUCGUGACCACCGACGACACCAAGCUGGCGAAGAAAGCAGCUGGAAUAAAUAAACUUCCAGCGAUCGUUCUCUUCAGAAACGGACAGCCGAUGGUCUACAAAGGCGAUCUCGAAGACGAAGACAGCCUGCUGAAAUGGCUGACCAGCGAAGAUACGUUGGAUAUUCCGGAUACGAUCGAACAGAUCAACCAGAAGAUGCUCUCGAAGCUCAUCGAGAAAAAUGAUUUCGUUGCCGUACUGUUCACCAAGGACAAAUGUCCCCUGUGCGAUAAGGUCCUGCUCGAAUUGGAGAACAUCGAUGACGAGGCCGAGGCGAUGGACGUCGACUUUGUUCGUGUCAACGACGCGAAAGUCGCGCGAGCUUACGACAUAGAAAACUUCCCAGCGGUGAUAUUUUUCCGUAAAAAAUUCCCACAGUACUACACUGGCGAUCUGAUGGAUGAAGACGCGGUCCUGGCGUGGAUCACACAACAGAAAGAGAAAGGUUCCUUGGACGAGAUCGAAGACGUCGACCGUCCCAUGCUGGAAAUGCUUCUCGAUCAAAUGGAAGCGGUCGCCGUUGUUUUCUACUCGGAGGACUGCAAGAAUUGCGACAAGGUUCUCGAAGAGCUUGAGAACAUCGACGACGACACAGACAAAUACGGCAUAUAUUUCGUGAAAACGGACGACAUGGAAUACGCGAACGAGCUCGGCGUCUCGGAGACGCCAUCACUGGUGUAUUUCGAGAAUCAUUCGCCUAGUAUUUACUUUGGUGAUCUCGAGAACGAAGAGGCUGUCCUCGAAUGGCUCAUCAAACAGCGGACAGAAGACACUAUCGAGAACAUCAAUCGAGACAUGCUAAGUCGUAUGAUCGAGGAAACGGAUUAUCUCGCCGUAUUUUUCUACAAGGCUCGCGAUGACGAAAGCCAGGAAAUUCUCAAGGCUCUCGAGAACAUCGACGACGACUGCGCGGACUACGAGGUUCAUCUUGUGGCCAUGGUCGAUAACCUGAUGGCCAAGAAAUACGGUAUCCGCGAUCCGCCCGGUCUCGCUUAUUUCCGACAUGGGAAGCACAUCAAGUUCACAGGAGAUCUGUAUGACCCCGAGGAGGUUCUGGAAUGGCUCACAAACCCGGAGAACAUGGAGAUGGACGAUGCCAUUGAGAGGGUCAACAAAAGAAUGUUCGAACGUAUGAUGGGAAAAGUUGAAUCGCUGGCUGUGUUCUUCUAUAGCAAAACCACCUGCAAGCAGUGCUCGAGGGUUCUCGAGGAACUCGAGAAGAUUGAUGACGAAGCAGACGCUCAACAGAUCAAAAUGGUCAAAAUAGAUGACCAACAACUGGCGCGGAAGUACGGCGUGUACGCCCUUCCAGCUUUUCUCUUCUUCCGUAAAGACGAUCCCGAUCCCGUGAUCUACGCCGGGGACUUCAAGACCGGCGAGAACAUGCUGGAAUGGAUGCUGCUGCAGAAGAACCCCGAUUCCGAGCGGAUCGAGGAAAUGGCGGGAGAUGAACUGCGGGACGCAAUCAAGGAGGAGCCAUCAAUCGCCUGUUACUUCUACAACCGAAAAUGUCUCAAAUGCGAUGGCGGUGCCAAUGUGGAUGAGGACAAGGUGGACUGCGAAGAAUGCCGGAAAACUCUUGAGGAGCUCGAGAACAUCGACGACGAUACAGAACGACAUGGAAUCAAGUUCGUCAAGAGUUGCGACCACACGGUGGCGAAGGAACUCGGGGUGCGACGCUAUCCGACGCUCGUAUAUUUCGAGAAUGGAUGUCCGAGUAUCUACGAAGGAGAUCUGUCUGGAGAAGAGGAGGUGCUCCAAUGGCUUAUCACGCAAAAAACAGAAGACACGAUUGAAACUGUCAACCGUGAUAUGUUGGAGAAACUCGUCGAGUCGACGCACUACCUCGGAGUAUUCUUCUAUAAGUCUCAUUGUCGCGCCUGCGAUCAAGCUCUGCUAGAAUUGGAGAAGAUAGAUGAUGACACCGAUAUGUACGGAAUACACCUGGUCAAAAUCCAAGACGUGGGUCUGGCGAAGCGCUACGGCAUCAAGACCUUCCCAGCCCUGAUGUACUUCCGCAACGGAAACCCUCUCAUUUUCGAAGGAGAUCUCAAGAAUGAGGAGCAGGUUCUCGAAUGGUUGACAGACGACGACAAUCGAGAACUUUCCGACGAAAUCGAAGAAGUCAACGAGCGUAUGCUGGAACGACUUGUUGAAAACUCACCGUUUCUUGCGGUCCUCUUCAUCGAAGAUGAUUGCGACGACUGCGAGCGCUCGCUGAAAGAACUCGAAAAUAUCGACGACGAGGCCGACGUUUUCGGCAUCGACUUCGUCAAAAUCAACAGUCUGCAAGCCGCAGCCAAGUACGAUAUCACCACUUUCCCCACGCUCGCCUAUUUCCGCAAAGGGAAGGCCACCGUUUACGAUGUCGAGCACAACAACCCAGACUGCGAUGCUGUCCUGAAGGAACUCGAACAUAUCGACGACGAGGCCGAGGAGUUGGACAUAAUGCUGCUCAAGAUCAAUGACGUCAAGUACGCGAAAAAGUACGGAAUCAACAAAGUACCGGCGAUCGUGUACUUGCGGCGGAAAUUCCCAUCCAUUUUCAGAGGGGACCUGAUGGACGAAGAACAAGUCUUGGAAUGGCUCCGCAGAAAUCGGUAUCGUCAACCGGAGCUCAACCUCUUCAUGUACGCACUAAUCAUGGUCGCUGUCGGCUUCAUCGGCUACACGUUGUUCCUGAUCUUCUGCUUGAAAGACGUGAAAGAUAAGAGAGAGUGA